GUUAAUUCCCGUCCAUGGUUUAGAGCUUCAGAUCCAAGAUUAGGGUUUCAGAGCUCAACAAAAAUCCCCUUAUCAAUUUCCCCCAAAAUCCUAUCUCAAUUUUCAUCCUUUCAAUUCUCAGAACCCUAAUUAGGUCCUGAAUUUCUGAUUCGUUGGAAUUUUCGAUCGCUCUGGAGAGAAUCUUUUUUGUUUAAAGAGCAAAACAAAAAUUAGGGGAAGAAUGGAGACACAGAGGAUAAUGGAGUUUCCGCACAAGAAUAUGGAUAAGCGGCCCAGAAAGAGGCCUCGAUUAGCAUGGGACAUGCCCCCUCCUCUUCCUCCUCCUGAGCUAUUCCCAGCAAUUUACUGCGGGCAGGAGUUUGGGAAUGGGCCAAUCCCCAAUUACACCUAUACGUCUAUGUUUUAUGGUGGGUUGCCACGCAAUGCUUCCCCUCCGUGGAGACCUGAUGAUAAAGAUGGUCAUUACGUGUUCGGAAUCGGAGAAAAUUUAACCCCUCGAUACAGAAUUCUCAGCAAAAUGGGAGAGGGAACUUUUGGGCAAGUGUUGGAGUGUAUUGACAAUGAAAAGAAAGAGGUUGUGGCAAUCAAAAUUGUCCGCUCCAUACAUAAGUAUCGUGAAGCUGCUAUGAUUGAAAUUGAUGUCCUACAAAGGCUUGGAAGGCAUGAUAUUGGUGGCACUCGUUGUGUGCAAAUACGGAAUUGGUUUGACUAUCGUAAUCAUAUUUGUAUUGUAUUUGAGAAGCUUGGACCUAGCUUAUACGAUUUUCUUCGCAAAAACAGCUACCGUUCAUUUCCCAUUGAUCUUGUUCGGGAGCUUGGCAGACAACUUUUGGAGUCUGUAGCAUUUAUGCAUGAUUUACGCCUUAUACAUACUGAUCUGAAGCCAGAAAAUAUUCUGCUUGUUUCAUCUGACUACAUCAAAGUGCCAGACUAUAAGUUUCUAUCACGGUCGACUAAAGAGGGUUCCUAUUUCAAGAAUCUGCCCAAGUCAAGUGCCAUUAAGCUCAUUGAUUUUGGGAGUACAACAUUUGAACAUCAGGAUCACAGCUAUGUGGUGUCAACACGCCAUUAUCGUGCACCGGAGGUUAUUUUGGGUCUUGGAUGGAACUAUCCUUGUGAUAUCUGGAGUGUGGGUUGCAUACUUGUUGAACUUUGCUCUGGUGAGGCCCUAUUUCAAACGCAUGAGAACUUGGAGCAUCUUGCCAUGAUGGAGAGGGUUUUGGGGCCACUACCACAGCAUAUGGUGCUCAGAGCUGAUCGUCGUGCUGACAAAUAUUUUAGAAGGGGAGCACGACUGGAUUGGCCUGAUGGAGCAACUUCUAGAGAAAGCAUGAGGGCAGUUUGCAAAUUGCCCCGGUUACCGAACCUAAUAAUGCAGCAUGUGGACCAUUCUGCUGGAGAUUUGAUUGAACUCUUGCAAGGGCUCCUAAGAUACGAGCCAGCGGAGCGUCUCAAGGCAAGGGAAGCUCUAAGACAUCCCUUUUUCACUAGAGAUAUGAGAAGGGGUGGCUACCCCUUGUAAAUCAACGAUCCUCAUCUAUAUCAGUCAUGCGCACGAGCUAUUAGAAAGCCUGAAAGAUAUAAAAUGAGUGAAACGAGUCGAAAUACAGAUGUGGGUUUUUGAUUGUACGAUUGUUUCUGUAUAGUAAAGCUUACCCCACCCCUCCUCCCCUUACCUGCCCAUCAAUGUCUUAUACUGGUUGUCUUCUU